AUGGUAUUUGUCCCAGUGUUGGUGGAUAUGGGAAAACGACAGGCUGCUACUGUCUUAGAUAAAAUCUCCAAGAAAAACUCCUUCUGUGAUUUGCCUGCAAAUCCUGACCCUCAGUGUCCAGCAAAACUACCCACAGUGAUGUUACAGCAGAAGGAAAUGGGCACUGGAAAAGAAGAUCCAAUCAGCAAGGUCCCUGUUAUAAAUGAGUAUGCUGAUGCUCAGCUCCACAACAUGGUGAAAAGAAUGCAUCAGAGAACAGCCCUCUACAAGGAAAAGUUGAUGGAGGGAGAAAUGUCUUCACCCGAAGCCAGCCCACACACUGCAAAGUCCAUAACAGCACCAUCAACACAAGAAAGCAAUUCUAAUCUAAAAGGAGAGCACUACUAUGGCAUAUUGUGUUACCGGUUCCAAAAGUUGCCUCUGACAGAAUACCUAAAGAGAAUGAGACUUCCAAGAAGCAUAGAUUCACACACAGAUCGACUCUAUCUCCUGUGGCUCUUGCUUGUCACCACUGCUUAUCACUGGAACUGCUGGCUGAUACCACUGCGUGUGGUCUUUCCAUACCAAACACCAGACAACACGCGCUACUGGCUUGUUACAGACAUCAUAUGUGAUAUCAUCUACCUUUGUGAUAUACUAUUAAUCCAGCCCAGACUCAGGUUCCUAAGAGGAGGAGAAAUAAUAGUGGACUCAAACGAGCUGAAGAGACACUACAGGAGUUCUACAAAAUUUCAAUUGGAUGUGGCAUCAAUAAUACCAUUUGAUGUUUUCUACCUCUUCUUUGGGUAUAAUACAAUAUUUAGAACAAACAGGAUAUUGAAGUACACUUCAUUUUUUGAGUUCAAUCAUCAUCUCGAGUCUACAAUGCACAAGGCGUACAUCUACAGAGUCAUCCGAACAACUGGAUACUUGCUAUUUAUUCUGCACAUUAAUACCUGCAUUUAUUACUGGGCUUCAAACUAUGAAGGAAUCGGCACAACAAAAUGGGUGUAUAACGGGGAAGGAAACAAAUAUCUGAGAUGUUAUUACUGGGCAGUUCGAAGUUUAAUUACCAUUGGGGGUCUUCCAGAACCACAGACUUUAUUUGAAAUUAUUUUUCAACUCCUGAAUUUCUUCUCUGGAGUUUUCGUAUUCUCUAGCCUAAUUGGUCAGAUGCGAGAUAUAAUUGGGGCAGCUACAGCCAAUCAGAACAGCUUCCGUGUCUGUAUGGAUCACACCACAGCUUACAUGAACACUUAUUCCAUUCCUCAAAGUGUGCAGAGCCGUGUUAGGACUUGGUUUGAAUAUACGUGGUAUUCUCAAAGAAUGCUAGAUGAGUCUGAUUUGCUUGAGAACCUGCCAACUACAAUGCGGUUAGCCCUUGCCAUUGAUAUGAACUUCAGCAUCCUCAGCAAAGUCGAUUUGUUCAAGGGUUGUGAUACCCAGAUGAUUUACGACAUGUUGCUAAGACUGAAAUCCACUAUAUAUUUACCUGGUGACUUUGUCUACAAAAAGGGCGAAGUUGGUAAAGAAAUGUAUAUCAUCAAGCAAGGAGAAAUCCAAGUUCUUGGAGGCCCUGAUGGUGCCCAAGUCCUUGUUACUCUGAAAGCUGGGGCAGUGUUUGGAGAAAUCAGCCUUCUAGCAACUGGAGGAGGAAACCGUCGAACCGCCAAUGUGGUAGCCCACGGGUUUGCCAGUCUUUUAACUCUGGACAAAAAGACCCUUCAAGAAAUUCUAGUGCAUUAUCCAGAUUCUGAAAAGCUCCUCAUGAAGAAAGCCAGAGUACUUUUAACCCAGAAGGGUAAGCUCAAGGAGGCAACGCCACCAAGGAUAGGACUCGCCUUCCUCAUCCCACCGAAACAAGAGGCACCUAAAAUGUUUAGCGCUCUUGUGGGAGGCAGAGGAAAGGCAGAUCUUGGGAAACUGCUCAAACUGAAGAGAGAACAGACAGCUCAGGGAAAAAAUGGAAACUCCAAAGGAGAAGAAGGUAAAAGAAAAGAAGAUGAAGACAGAGGAAGAGGACCAGCAGAGAAGACACUAGACAGGUCCAAAGAUGAAGCAAGUUCUAUUACAGGAGAGGAAAUGCCCCAGUCGAUGGGAAGGGCAGCUUUACUGAAAGAAACUACCGGUCAAUCAGUCCUCAUCAGCAUGGCUCCCUCUGCUGAGACCGGGGAGGAAGUGCUGACUAUUGAAGUCAAAGACAAUUCUAAGCAAUAACGUUCGACUGUCUUUAGAUAUAGCCUAGCUAUUUCCCAAAGAGAUUGUA